AUGCUGCACACAAAAUCAGAAUCUGAUAUCACUAGUUUAGCCCCAUCAUCUCCACCAAGGUCUCCAAAAAGGCCAGAGUACUUUGUGCAGAGCCCUUCAAGGGAUUCUCAUGAUGGGGACAAGUCAUCCUCUAUGCAUGCAACUCCUAAUUUCAAUAGCCCAAUGGAAUCCCCUUCACACCCUUCAUUUGGGCGCCACUCUAGGAAUUCAUCAGCCAGUCGAUUUUCCGGGAUAUUUAGGUCGUCCUCAGGGCGUAAAGGGAACCGGAAGAGGAACGAUAAGGGGUGGCCGGAGUGUAAUGUGAUCUUAGAAGAGGGGAACUAUGAUGAAUUUGAUGAUGAUAAGGCGUUUACUAGGAGAUGCCAGGCUUUGAUGGGUGUUUGUGGGUUUAUUGUUCUUUUUACUGUCUUCUGUUUGAUCAUUUGGGGUGCAGCCAGGCCUUAUAAACCAGAGGUUUCUGUUAAGAGUUUGUUGGUAAGCAACCUGUACGUAGGAUCGGGUGCUGACUUCACUGGGGUUCCAACGAAAAUGCUGAAUGUGAAUGGAUCGUUGAGGAUUAGUGUGUACAACCCGGCUACAUUUUAUGGUAUUCAUGUUAGCUCGACGCCUGUCAAUCUGGUCUAUUCCGAUGUUGUGGUUGCAACUGGUCAGCUGAAAAAAUAUUUUCAAGGACGGAAGAGCAGCCAGAUUAAGGUUGUGCACGUAGAAGGAACCAAGGUACCCCUAUAUGGGGCCGGAUCAAAUCUAGUAGUUUCAAGCAACGCCGUUCAAGUUCCGUUGACGUUAGAGUUUGAAAUCCGGACUCGAGGAGAUGUGGUUGGAAAAUUGGUGAGAACAAAGCGCCGGAGAUGGAUUUCUUGCUCGUUGAUCAUCGAUUCCACAAGCAACAAGCCUAUCAAGUUUAAGAAGGAUUCGUGCACUUACAGUUAA